AGUAAGCUCGGCAAAUGUAACGGUAACGGCAUACCGGUUUUGUGAAAUUUUGCGAUAAUUUUCUCGUCUGAACUGUCACUAUUCUAUAUAUCUUAUUCUUAAACUUGCUCUGGAAACAAAAAUCAAAAACGUAGUGUUUAAUUCUACGAAUGAAAAAAAUAGAUGAGAUGGAAUGUGAGACAUAAAAUGACAACAAUGCUUUGUAAAAUCGAACUUCUUUGCCUUUUCGUUUUUAUACCACUAAAUUGGUUUCUAUUUAAGACAAUAAAUGCUUACAAUAGUGAUGAUUUUGAUAAUUUCACGAUAAUCAAACAAGCAACAUUAUGCGAUAAAAACAUAACGGAUUUCCCUACUGACUAUAAUAACAGUGACUGCUAUUUAAUAAGUGGUGUUUGUGAUUGUGUGAAAAUUUACAACAUCUCAUCAACAAUUAAUCUCGGAGAGAAUGAAGCUCAAGCUAGAAAUGAAUCAGAGAGCAGAUAUUUUUAUGACUUAUCUACUGCCACGUCAUUGCCACCAUUACAAAACAAGAAAACAACCACUUCUGCUCCAGCUAAUAUGCUUCAGCAACCAGAUGAAAUUGAUGUACGCGAACACAGAAAUACUUUAUCAUCGAGUUCGUUACCCUUCAACAUACUAACAUCAAUUAGUCCUCAAUUAACACAAAACCAAUCAAUCUAUCUUCCUACGUUGACUAGUGAGACUACUACAACAACGAAGGAUGGUGUAGUCUCCAAUAAAAGUGCGAUCGACGCUAAACAGGAAUAUCUUUGGCCGGUAAAACGCGAAGCAGUCGUCGAAGGGGAUCUAAUCAUAGGUGGUCUAAUGAUGGUUCAUGAAAGGGGUGAUAGCAUAACUUGUGGUCCUAUUAUGCCUCAAGGGGGCAUACAAGCUCUGGAAACUAUGCUUUAUACUAUAGACCAAAUUAACUCGAAGGCGUUUACAGUUAUACCUAAUAUAACUCUGGGUGCUCAUGUGCUGGACGAUUGUGACAAGGAUACGUAUGGAUUGGAAAUGGCUGUUGAUUUUAUCAAAGGUUCUAUCAGUAACAUCGACGGUGCGGAAUAUCAUUGUAAUAAGACGCAGGUUAGGAAAGUGAUAUCGGGCGUUGUUGGAGCUGCUUCCAGCGUUACUUCUAUUCAAGUAGCCAAUCUUCUGCGCCUUUUCAAGAUUCCACAGGUGUCAUUUUUUUCGACAAGUCCCGAAUUAAGUAACAAACAACGAUUUGAAUACUUUUCAAGAACAAUACCGUCUGACCAUUAUCAAGUCAAAGCAAUGGUGGAUAUUAUACGAAAAAUGGGCUGGAGUUACAUAUCGAUUAUAUACGAAGAGUCCAAUUAUGGGAUUAAGGCUUUCGAAGAACUCGAAGACCUUCUGGCUAAAUACUCGCUUUGCAUCGCAAUAAAGGAAAAAUUAGUCAAAGAUUCCGGCGUCGCUCGAGAAUCGGCGUACGAUAACAUUGUACACAGAUUAAUGACAAAACCAAUGGCACGAGGUUGCAUAGUAUUUGGCUCGGAUCAAGAAGUGGCAGAAUUAAUGAAAGCUGUGCGCCGAUGUAACGCAACCGGAUACUUUUCUUGGAUAGGUAGUGACGGAUGGAGCGCUAGAUCGUUAGUUUCGGAAGGAAACGAAGCAGAAGUCGAAGGCACUCUAUCGGUACAACCACAAGCAAGAGAAGUUCACGGAUUUAAAGAAUACUUCUUGAAUUUGAACGUAGAAACAAAUACUCGAAAUCCGUGGUUCGCUGAAUUCUGGGAGCACCAUUUCAACUGCCGUUUAGCGAACAGUUCCAAAACACCGUACAAUAUGAAAAUUACGAAUAUGUGUAAUGGAACAGAAAAGCUCACUCUCAAUAAUACUGUAUUCGAAGAUCAGCUUCAAUUCGUAUCUGAUGCCGUUUUGGCUUUUGCGUAUGCCAUAAGAGAUAUGCACAAGGAUCAUUGUCAUGGUUUUCCCGGAUUAUGUGAGGCUAUGAAACCUACUAAUGGUACUGAGCUGCUGAAAUAUUUAAGAAAAGUGGAUUUUCAAGGUCUGAGCGGAGAUCGUUUUCACUUCAACGAAAACGGGGAUGCCCCUGCAAGAUAUAACAUUAAGCACUUCAAGCAAGUUUCCGAGGGAAAGUACGCUUGGAUAACCGUUGGUCAAUAUCUAGAGGGUGAACUACAGUUAAAUAUGUCAGCCAUACAGUUCAAAAUGGGUCAUCCGACUCUACCAGAAUCUGUAUGUAGUCUUCCAUGCCUGCGAGGACAAGCGAAGAAGUAUGUAGAAGGGGAACGUUGCUGUUGGCACUGUUUCAACUGUACACAAUAUCAGAUUCGUCAUAAAGACGAUCCGACACAGUGUACGAAAUGCCCAAUGGGAACUCUACCGGAUAAAUAUCAUGAAUACUGUGAAGACAUUCCUGAAGAAUAUUUACAACCAGUUAGCGGUUGGGCGAUAGGAGCGAUGGCUUUUAGUUCCACUGGAAUUUUGAUUACGGUUUUCAUAUUCGGCGUGUUUAUCAAACAUAACGAGACGCCUAUUGUAAGAGCUUCUGGGCGAGAAUUGAGUUAUGUUUUACUCAGCGGUAUACUCAUGUGUUACAGUGUAACUUAUGCCCUCAUUUUGAAACCAACGGAUAUCGUGUGUGCCAUACAAAGAUUCAGCGCUGGUUUCUGUUUUACUGUCGUCUAUGCGGCACUCUUAACGAAAACUAACCGCAUAUCUAGAAUUUUCAACGCCGGAAAACAUUCUGCCAAGAGACCGAGUUUUAUAUCGCCACGAUCUCAACUCGUUAUAUGUUUCGGUUUAAUAGGAGUACAGGUACUGAUUAAUGGAAUAUGGAUGUUAAUAUCUCCUCCGAGAGCCAUUCAUCAUUAUCCCACCAGAGAGGACAAUUUACUGGUCUGUUCAUCUUAUAUUGAUGCAUCGUAUAUGAUAGCAUUCACUUAUCCUAUAUUCCUUAUCGUCGUUUGUACAACUUAUGCCGUUCUAACAAGGAAAAUUCCGGAAGCGUUCAACGAAUCAAAACAUAUCGGUUUUACGAUGUACACUACUUGCGUUAUAUGGUUAGCUUUUGUACCUUUAUACUUUGGGACUGCUAACCAUGUAGCUUUAAGAAUUACCAGUAUGUCUGUCACAAUAAGUCUAUCUGCCAGUGUUACAGUUGCAUGUCUCUUCUCUCCAAAGUUGUAUAUAAUCUUGAUUCGACCCGAAAGAAAUAUUAGACAAAGCAUGAUGCCAAUGAGAUACAGUGCAAUAAACAAGAGCUCUACUAACACUGGUUCGGGAAGCAUGAUGGCAGCUGUAAUGGUAACUGCCGCCACAUGUGACCAGAAACAAAAUAUACAAAAACAUGUUUCUCCUAUCGAUAAUGUUCCAGACGAUGUUUUUUACAAAGAUCGGAAAACCAAAGAUAGCAGUACUCAAACAACCCCUGAUAUUGAAAAAUUCAUUCCGAAGAUACCGGAAAGUAAUCAAAAGAUUAAUAAUAAUUGCAACAUUGGAAAUGGUCCGGCUCAAGAAUCGACAAACUUAAAAGAAGUGACUUCAUAGCAGUCGAAUGUUCGUAACUUAGAGGCUUCCGAUAGCAGACCUUCCAGUUUAAAACGAAAACCUGUACAAGUUUAAAAAUAUAUUGAAACAAGUAUCCCUACAAUAGUGAUACAUGUAAUGCAAAAGUUAACGGGAUUCAAUAACACUGGGUAUUGGCAGAAGAACGAAAAAUUGGAAAUGACAUGAAAAAUUGGGUAAAGAACUAUUAGACCUCAUGAUCAUAUUCUAUAUCAAAUGUAUCUCAAUAGAACAGUCGAAUGUUUCCUUGAGAUUAGUCUUGAGAUCAAAUUGCUGGUAGCUAGUGGAGUAUUGUACGGUAUUUACUUGAGGGUCGUAAUAACAUGACAAUCAUGACAAAUAGGACAACUUUCUGAAGACAUCAAAUAACCGUGUGUAAGCUUGUUAUUGUUAAUUCCAAGUCUUUUUUCUCAUAGCUUAUUGUGAAGUGUUGUUAAGCUGGACUGAGAUUUUAAAAGUGUUGUUUAAGACUUCUUUUGAUUGGUAACAUACCUUUCCAUUGAUACCAGUGUGAGAUGAAAAUAAGAUUGGAGAUACUGUUACUUCAAGAGCCUAGAGAAUUCGGUAAAUGUUAUUUCUUUUGAUUAUUGGGAGACAGGUGAAAGUUGUUUCAAUUGAUGAAACAAAAUCAGUAUGUCGAUUUUUUGUGGGGAUGCCGUAUAUUUGGCGAUUUUAAACACCAUAUGUUAAAGGUGAGCGGUAGAAACUUAUAAGAUUAAGUGACUCCACAACCGACACAGAAGUCAGUUUUUUUUAUUUCAUGAAUUGAAUGUUUAUAUUUAUGACAAAGGUAUUAGAAUUAUAUUUAAUUGUAACAAAUUCUUAAGUUGUAAACGUGUAUACUGAAAAAAUUUGUUAUUUGAGGAUAUUAUUGAUAAUAUGUGAAACGAUAUUGUAUGAGGAAUUUGAAAUAUGUUGCAAGCGCAUCAAGCAUUUUUCAUUUAUCCAUUUACUUUCGGACAUACAGUUCAUGUACAUCCAUUAAAUGAAAGAUAAAAUGUACUUUUUAUAUCAUUGAAUAUAUCUGAAAUCGUAAAAUGUAUAUAGUGUUAUAUAAAAUAUUUAACUUAGAUGUUGAAAAAAAUUUAAUGAUAAAUUUAAAUGUUCCAUAUAUAAUCACAUAAGAACAGUUUGUUGAUUCUAAUAAGACUGAUUAUUUACAGACAGCUACUUUUGUAAAUUGUUAUUUAAGGUAGAUAUUUAAAUUUAGAAAUUAGUUUUUACUACAGAAUAUUAAUACAGGGUGAGACUUAAAUGUAUGAAAUGUAUUAUGUCAUUGAUUCAUAGAAUGUUGAACAAUACUUGUAAAUAAAUAAGAGUUUGUUUAAUAAUUUAAUUGUAUAUGAAAAUAUGAUUAAAAAUAACUGGAAUAU